UGACAACGUGGCUAACACAAGUUAUAGGAGCCUGUGGCAAACACACCAUCUCCAAACGAGCUGACUGAACACAACAUGUUUUUUACAGGUCUGCUAGCCGUUGCACUUAUAAUCAAACUACAAUCUCUAUGCACAGGCGCUGAGGUAAACGGGGUUUACGAUGCACCACGUUGUGAAGUACGAAGGUGUCUGACUGCACCUCAGCCAGUUUGUGAGAAAUUAACAAUGAGGCCUUGCUAUGCAGAACGGGAAGUUAUGACAAUGUUGGGGAAAAACUUCUUAUGCGAUACUAAAACUGACGGAGGUGGUUGGAUUCUUAUCCAGCGUCGAAUUAAACCCGGUGUGGAUUUUGUAAGAAACUGGGAAGAAUACAAACAAGGCUUUGGCACGUUAAGUGGUGACUUCUGGAUAGGAUUGGAUUUCAUCUACUCGCUAAUUACGCAACACAGUUAUGAGCUGAGAGUUGAUAUGAAGUAUCAAAACAGAUCAUACUACGCCAAAUACCACACCUUCAGCAUUGCAAAUGAAGCCGACAAAUUCCGUCUCACUGUAACUGGCUGGUCUGGAACCACUGGCGAUUCAUUUUAUGCACAGAAUAACAAGCAGUUCUACACAAUUGACAGGCCUAGUGCAAAUACUUGCACUGAACAUUACCAAGCAGGCUGGUGGUGGGGCAACUGCUACAGUGUAUUCUUAAAUGGUCUAUGGAAUGAGACACGCCGAUGGAAUGGCAUUCACUGGGAUUCACUAGGUCAGGGUGUCACCACUUUACAGUCCGCGGAGAUGAAACUUCGAAAGAAGAAUUAUUAGUGCGGUUGUUAAGGGGAUAUAUGCGCGGUAAAAAAAAAAAUUCCAGUUUUUCGUAAUGAUGGGUUUCUUGUACUUUUGGAUACUUGGUCCAUUUUCGAAUUAAGAAAAUAAUAACUUUUAAGAGAAAAAAAAUUGUAUGUGUUUAAAUUACCAUUUUUAUGACCCUAUUAAUUAAAAAAAUAAUCAAUGUUUCCCAAUCCUAUAAGCUCUCUAUGAAAAGUUUUAUAUCCGUCAUAAUAUUGUAUUUGGCAUCACUGGAAAGCUGCAUUUCUCGUCUAUUUGAUAAUCUUAAUUUCAAUCAUCUCGGAAACUCCCAAAGCUUACCAUCGGUUUUGCAAUUUACACAGAUAUUGGUACUUUCGUGACCUACUUUUGGUUACUUUUGGCUCUUUUUCUCUGUUUGGAGGUUUUUAACACUAUAAAUCCUACUACUUUUUUUUAUUUAUUAAACAAUACCCACCAAUUUUUUAGUAAUUGUUCUUUAGGCAAAAAUACAAUUAGGGAAUUGUGAUGGCUUUCAUAGGAAAAUGUAUUUGGUAAUUCAAAUGCAAAUUUUGAAACUUUUGAAUACUAAUAAGGGUACGAAUUUUUAUAUUUUGUAAAAUUGUUACUAGUAGCUAUUUUAAAAAGUUGUCCUGACUAAGGUUUUAAUAUAAACUGAAAUAUAAGCAAUUUAAAUUUAAUUGCUAUAGGUGCAUAAAUACAAGCGCCUUAGCAUUUUUUUAAAAGUACCGAAAAAUUCAAAAUGGCGGAGAUUUUUUUUGGGUUUCCAUGACAACCAAAUUUGUUUUCAACCCUUUUUUUUCUGUUAAAUACU